CUGCAGACGCAGCGCUACGGGGGCGCCUCCCGCGUGACGCAGUACUCGCCGAUUGGCCGCGGCGCUCGCUGCUGUUACGAUUCCGAUUGGCCUAGAUUGGCGCGAAGGUGCGCGACUGCGAGAUACGGGGAGGCGGGAAACAAUAGCGGGAGGAGCAGAGCGGAGACCGGGGACACAGGGGAGGAGCUGCCCCCGUAACCAACCGCCCUGACCGAGAGAGGGGGACACGGUCCGGACAGCGAGGCCGGGAGAAGUGUCGCACCGGAGAGGCCGCAGAAAGCGCGAGCGCUGCUCCCAGCGGACACCAUGGCGGACAAGGAGGCUGCGUUUGACGAUGCGGUGGAGGAGCGGGUCAUUAACGAGGAGUACAAGAUCUGGAAGAAGAACACCCCUUUCCUGUACGACCUGGUGAUGACGCACGCCCUGGAGUGGCCGAGCCUCACCGCACAGUGGCUUCCAGAUGUCACCAGGCCAGAAGGGAAAGACUUUAGUAUCCACCGCCUGGUUCUUGGGACACACACUUCUGAUGAGCAGAAUCACUUGGUGAUCGCUAGUGUGCAACUUCCAAAUGAUGAUGCCCAAUUUGAUGCCUCUCAUUAUGACAGUGAGAAAGGAGAGUUUGGAGGCUUUGGUUCAGUUAGUGGGAAAAUAGAAAUUGAGAUAAAAAUAAACCAUGAGGGAGAAGUGAACAGAGCUCGCUACAUGCCACAGAACCCCUGCAUCAUUGCAACAAAAACCCCAUCCAGUGACGUCCUUGUGUUUGACUAUACAAAACACCCAUCCAAACCAGAUCCUUCAGGAGAAUGUAAUCCAGACCUCCGGCUUCGUGGGCACCAAAAGGAAGGAUAUGGCUUAUCCUGGAACCCUAAUCUUAGUGGAAACCUACUUAGUGCUUCUGAUGACCAUACAAUUUGCUUAUGGGACAUUAGUGCUGUACCUAAAGAAGGAAAGAUAGUUGAUGCGAAGACUAUCUUCACAGGACAUACCGCAGUGGUGGAAGAUGUUUCUUGGCACUUAUUACACGAGUCUCUGUUUGGAUCAGUGGCGGAUGACCAGAAACUCAUGAUAUGGGACACCCGUUCAAACAACACAUCAAAGCCUAGCCACUCUGUAGAUGCUCACACAGCUGAAGUCAACUGCCUCUCAUUCAACCCCUACAGUGAGUUCAUCUUGGCCACGGGGUCUGCAGACAAGACUGUGGCAUUGUGGGACCUACGCAAUCUGAAAUUGAAACUGCAUUCUUUUGAGUCCCAUAAGGAUGAAAUUUUCCAGGUCCAGUGGUCCCCACACAAUGAAACUAUUCUGGCUUCUAGUGGUACUGACCGCAGACUGAAUGUCUGGGACUUGAGUAAAAUUGGAGAAGAGCAGUCUCCGGAGGACGCAGAAGAUGGUCCCCCUGAGUUGUUGUUCAUUCAUGGUGGACACACAGCAAAGAUCUCUGAUUUUUCAUGGAACCCUAAUGAGCCAUGGGUGAUCUGCUCAGUUUCGGAGGACAAUAUCAUGCAGGUUUGGCAAAUGGCAGAGAACAUCUACAAUGAUGAAGACACAGAGGGCAGUGUAGACCCCGAGGGGCAGGGCUCCUAAACGUUUUUUGUUUUUCCCCUGCUGUUUUUUUUUUUUUUUUUUCAUUUUCUGGGUGCAAUUUGUCUCACUCCAGAUAUUUCUUCUGUUUAUACAGCACUUGGACAUUGACCCUCCUUUGCCACAGUGCAAGCUCUGACUCGUGCUCUGUCACCCAAACUUGCUUUUAUUGAUUUUAGUAAGAAAAAUCCUCACCAUUUUAUUUUAUAUACAAAUAUUUUAUAUAAGAAUGAUUUUUAACUGUGUCCAUUACAUAGGUGUUUUUUUGUUUUUGUUUUGUUGUUAAAGCAAGGAGGAGAGUAUAAUAGCAUAGCUCAUCCGACACCGUGCCUUCAGAUGCAUCCCUUAUAUUAUGAAGAGUCUUGGACUAGGCAGCUUCAUGCAAACAUUCCUUUAUAUAUAUAUUUUUUUUUCUCCACUGGAAAAUGCAACGCUGCUUCAGAUAUCAUCCAGGGCAAACUCUCCAUAUGUUUCCUACCCUAUAUUUUAUUCUUGCAUUUUUUUUAAUUGCUGUAUGUAUUGUUCUUUAGAGUUGUUCCUUGUCAUCCAUUAUUUAGUUGUGCUUAACCGUUCCAAGAGGGGAGUAGUUCUAUCCAUUGUUAAUGUGUGGAUUUGACCAUCUGUGCUGCACAUCUUCUAAUGCAGUGGUUGAAAACCGUACAUAAAAUAAAUGGCUCAACUUGUUUUUUUUA